AUGAUCCCACAUUACGCCGACAGCGACGAUGCCAGCAGCCCGAAGAAGCUUCGCCGAAGGACCCUGGCGUCGGACGUUCUCCCGUUGCCGCUCUGGCUGACCAACACGGUCUUCCUCCUCAUGUUCAUCUUCUCCUGCUGCUACCUGCUCCAGCAAUGGCGCGAGCAGCUCUACUCGUCGGAGCGGCUGCACGAACUGCUGUGGCGCGACCUCGUUGCCGUCUGCCUCGGUAUGGGCUCCUUCAUUUACCUUAUAAACUUCUUCGGGGUCGGAUUCGUGCAGUCGGCCAUCGAGCAGAGCAUGCUUUCCGAGGAGGAGGAUGCGAAGGAAAGAGACGAGGAGGACGAUGACGAGGAGGGGGAAGACGAGGAGGAAGAGGAGAAAGAUCCAAAGGCGCUUCUUUCCCGCCACACGCGCAACCAUCCGCGCAACCAUCCGCGCGGGCAUUAUGCGCCCCAUCCCCCGGAGCCCUGGUAUAAGCCCGAACCGAUCCCAACUCCCGCCACUGCCACCCCCGCCACUACCACCCCAGCUACUGCCAACCCCGCCACUGCCACCCCCGCUACAAUCACAUCCGUUUCAAGCGCGCCUGCUCCCACAGCACCGAAAUCUUGCACCUUCAAGCUCGACAGCGGCUCAUCCUCGCUACAAGACGUCCCAUUACAGGACCUCCCGGACGACGACAUCGCGCGCGCCGUCGCGCGCGGCGCCAUCCCCAUGCAUUCCCUCGAAACGCAACUCGGCAACACUCUCCGCGCCGCCGCUGUCCGCCGGCGCGCCGUGGAGAUCAAAACAGGCCGCUCACUCGCGGGGCUGCCCCUCGAGAACUACGACUACGACGCGAUCCGCGGCGCGUGCUGCGAGAUGGUCGUCGGCCACGUGACGAUCCCCGUGGGCGUCGCAGGCCCCCUGCGACUCGACGACGCGGAAUUCUUCGUACCCAUGGCGACCACCGAGGGCUGCCUCGUCGCCAGCACCAACCGCGGCUGCAAGGCCAUCUGCGCCGCGGGCGGCGCGCGCAGCGUCGUGCUGCGCGACGGCAUGACCCGCGCGCCCGCCGUGCAGCUCCCCUCCGCGCUCCGCGCGGCGGAACUAAAAGCCUUCGCGGAAAACCCCCGCAACUGGGCUCUCCUCGCGGACGCCUUCAACAGCAGCAGCCGCUUCGCGCGCCUGCAAACCCUAAGCGUGGCGGUGGCGGGGCGCAACGCGUUUAUCCGCGUGGAGAGCAGCACGGGCGACGCGAUGGGCAUGAACAUGGUGUCCAAGGGCACGGGCAACGUGCUGGGCAUGCUCGGCGCGGAGUUCCCGGACAUGCGCGUGGUGAGCAUGUCGGGCAACUACUGCGCGGAUAAGAAGGCCACCGCCGUGAACUGGAUCAAGGGGCGCGGCAAAUCCGUCGUCUGCGAAGUCACCAUCCCCGGCCCCGUGGUCGAAUCAGUGCUAAAGACAACGGUUGCCGCCCUGGUGGAGCUGAACACGACCAAGAACCUCGUUGGCUCAGCCAUGGCGGGCGCGGUGGGCGGAUGCAACGCGCACGCGAGCAACAUUGUGACGGCGGUCUUCCUGGCCACGGGGCAGGACCUCGCGCAGAACGUGGAGAGCUCGCAGUGCCUCACGCUGCUAGAGGCGGCCAAUGGCGGGGCCGACCUGCACGCGUCUGUCACGCUGCCUGCGAUCGAGGUCGGCACCGUUGGAGGAGGAACCUUCCUUGCACCGCAGGCGGCUGCCCUAUCCCUGCUGGGCGUGAAGGGGUCCCACAGCACUCAGCCGGGGGCGAACGCACAGCAGCUGGCGCGAGUGGUGGCAGCAGCAGUGCUGGCAGGGGAGCUCUCGCUCUGCUCCGCCCUCGCCUCGGGCCACCUCGUGCAGGCGCACCUCAAAUAUAACCGCUCCACCCUCAACACUUCUGCCUCCGCCUCCUCCGUUGCUGCUGUUGCUGCUGCUGAUACCGCUGCGGCUGGUGCUGCUGGGGCGGCUUCUGCUGCAUCGGAGGGCCUCUGCAUGUCCUCCCCACCUCCCCCGCGCUCCCCGCCUCCUCCCCCUCCUCCUCCGCCGCAAAUCCCUCCUCCCCCCCGUUCAUCGAACCCGUUCGCGGCGGUGAGCAAGUUCGCGUUAGCGGGGGUGUUCUUACUGGGGAUAGGCGCGGGCGUGUCGGUGGACACGGUGCUGAACGUGGAGCCCAGCAACGUGGCGUCGCGGGAGGUCAUCGACCGCCAGACGCCCAACCCGGACAUCUGCCUCGCCAACGGCAUGAGCGCCAUGGUGCUGGACCAACGGUUGUUCAUCUCCUUCAAUCCAUUCAACGUGUAUGUGUCCCAGGCAGAGGUGAAACCAGGGUGUGUGCUGCGGCAGAGCAACUGGCACGUGCUCGAGUCCAAGGGCCUCGUGUCAUCGGAUGAGGUGCGCGACUGCAAGCGCAACAUGAACACGUUUGGGUUUGUGGGUGACCUGAGGGAGUCCCCUGAGGUGUCAUGCGUGUACCAUAGUGAGACGGCGGAGAAUCUGUUUCUCGAAGAUGCCAGCAAGUCGAAGAUUCGGAUUGGGGGAAGUCAAUAG